GCCCUUUGAUCAAUAUUUUCCAUUUGUUCAAUAGGUUUUUAGAAUCUACGCACUCCAAUUUUUCUGUGUUUUAACGAUUUGGUGCGUACUUUUAGUAAAAACUAAUGGAAAAAAUGUAAAUAUAUGGAAAUUCAGGAAUGAUAUGGAAGAAAGCAAAGAUCGGUAUCCACUACAUACAGCAUGUAAAGUUGGAGAUGUCAACUUGGUUAGAGAAUUGAUCCAUCAAGGGCAUAUGGUGAAUGAUGGAAACUUUGACCUUGUUCACCCUCUACAUGAAGCUUGUUUCCAUGGCAAUAUAGAAUGUGUACAGGAGCUUCUAUCAGCAGGAGCAACAGUAGACUGUAGGAACAUUGAUGGAAGUACUCCACUAUGUGAUGCUUGUUCCAGUGGUAACGUUGAUUGUGUGAAGUUGUUGCUAAAAAGUGGAGCUAAUGUCAACCCUAAACUUCUCCUGUCAUCACCAUUGCAUGAAGCUGUUCUUAGAGAUAAAGUGGAGUGUGCCCAGUUGUUGGUGGAUGCAGGAGCUAACCUCAAUCAAACAGACUGUCAUUUUGGUACACCUCUACAUGCAGCUGUAACCAAGGGAAGCUUGAAGUGUCUUGUUUUACUCUUGAAGGCAGGUUGUAAUGUGAACUGUAUAAAAAUAUUGAACACCCCUCUUCACCUGGCAGCGAGACAACAGGACAUAGAUGCUGUAUCCGUGUUGCUACAGUUUGGUGCUAACACCAACAUGACAAAUAAUUAUGAUCUGACGGCUAAAGAUAUGGUUCCUAGCUCAACGUCCUCUAUACGACAGAUCCUACAGCAGUGGGAAUGUAACCCAAGAAGUAUGAAGUUUCUGUGUAGACAAGUUAUUCGUCAGUGUCUCGGACAAAAUGGUUUGCGUCAAGUACACAAGCUAAAUUUACCAAACCUUCUCACGGAUUUCUUGUUGUAUGAAUAUAUCCAUUGAUAGUACAUAAUUAUACCCUUUUGUUAUGUUUGUUGUUGUUAAAUAAAAUGUAUAAAUUAAAA